AUGACGGUGAUCAUGGUAGCCGCUGCCCUGGUCUUGGGUUUCGCGGAGUUCCCCAAGGACAUAGGGCUCUCCGAGGACAAGACACGACAACUCAUGCAGGCCGUCGACAGAAUCGCGAGCGCAGAAUAUCGCGCAUCGAGAUCGAGCCAGGAAGACGUGGCGGCCGCCAGUGAUGGCGUGGUCGCCGCGGCCGGAAAGGUGCAAGGCGCCCAACAAGCCCUUGACGCGGCCCUCGACGUGGUGUCAGCUCUGGAUACGCCGCCCCUUGGGCAGGUGGCUAAUUAUGCAUUUGGUCUCGGCAUGGAAGCAUUGGACUUAGCAACUUCUGUGCCACUUGGCCCGAUUGAUACUGGAAGAGCGCUCGCCGAAGCGAUGAAACUCGUGGAAGGUCUCCCAGUGGGUGCCCUCGCGGACAGCGGGAAAGCCGCCGCGAUGGAGGCAUUGAGAGCCGGGAAAGAGGCUGCCGACGCGGUUGUCAACGCGGUCAAAGAGACGAAAGCCGCACUAGAAGACUUUAUGGAAACAUUUUAUGAGCAUCAUUUGAAGCAACUUGGGCCUAUCGGCGAGUGCGUCGCAGACGCGGCCGAUUGCGCCACGCAGUGGAAGCCGGACGCACGUAGGCAAGUGGCCCAUGACCAGGCGGGCUGCUGCUCAGAAUCUGGGCCGUCGGCGCUCGCUCUCGCGCUCUUCAUAACGGCGUUGCCCCCUCCCUCCCGCGCCGACGUUGGGCAGCCCGACCACGACAACGUCAGCGCCGCUGGCCUGCAACUCGAGGCGCCUUUGAAUGAGCACGAGCCGGUGCGCGGCGGCGGCGCGGGGCCAGUGGUAGACUUUCGACGCGGCCGCUUAGGCGCUUAG